AUGGUGUCUAAAACGAGAGUGUACAACUGGUACAUAUCGCUGGUGGCAGCGAUGGCCAUGGUUCUGUAUGGCUACGAUGCGUCUGUCUUCAACUCUGUCCAGGCGUCGAACAACUGGCUGAAUUGGUUUGGCCUCAACCCAAAAACGGAUGGCUAUCUCAUCGGGUUGAUCAACACGGCUUACACAAUCGGUGCCAUUGUGGCAGGCUUCUUCAUCGGCGGACCAACAGCGGAUUACCUAGGUCGACGAUGGGGCAUUGCAAUCGGUUGCUUUGUCACUAUUAUAGCCACGUUUAUGCAGACAUUCUCGCCGUACCGAGCACUUGGCUGCUUUAUUGCUGGUCGCGUGCUGGUAGGCAUCGGCCAGGGCAUGGCAUUGACCGCCGGUCCUGUCUAUAUUGGCGAAAUGGCUCCGAGUCAUAUAAGAGGCUACAUCAUGGCCUUCUGGCAGCUAUUCUACUCUGUCGGUUCGUUCCUCGCCUACUGGAUCAACUAUGCCUGCUCCAAGCACCGUGCCAGCCUCGGAGAAUGGGACUGGAAAAUGGUCGUCAUCUUCCAAAUGCUGGUUCCAACAAUCAUCAUUAUCCUUCUGCCAUUCCAGCCCGAGACGCCCCGAUGGCACAUCCAGCGCCGAGGAGAUGUUGAUGCCGCCAGAGCUAGCUUGAAGAAGAUUCGAGACACUGAGCAGGAAAUUGAAGAAGAACUAAUUGCUAUCCGUGAGGCAAUCGAGUACGAAAAGGAGAUUACCGGCGUGGGAUACAUGGCGCUGUUCAAAGAGCCUUCAAUUCGCAGGCGACUUUUCCUGGCCUUCAUCUUGAACAUUGGCCAGCAACUUACCGGCCAGGGCACUCUCAAUACCUACAGCACGGCCAUCUACAAAAAGGUUUGGCCCGACACUGACACUAUUAACCUCAUCAACGCCCUCAAUGCCACAUUUGGAAUCAUCUUCACCCUCAACGCCGUAUGGACAGCCGAUCGUUUCGGACGACGAUGGCUCCUCCUCGUUGGCGCCGUGGGCAUGGCCGCCGCCAUGCUCAUGGUCUCGCUUGUCGGCCUCCUCACCCCUGACGGACCAGGCGGCACCAAGAGCCAGCCAGUUGGUAUCGCCAUCGUGUUUUGCUUGUUCCUGUUCAUAUUCUUCUACAAACCGUCAUGGGGAGCAACAACCUGGAUUUGGACCGCCGAGGUCUUCUCCAUGAAUGUCCGCGCGCAGGCCGUGGGCAUGUGCUCGCAGAUGCAGAAUGUCGCCAAUACCAUCUUCCAGCAGUUCUUUCCCAUCUUCCUUCAGAAUACGGGUCUGAAAUGCCUGUUCUUCUUCAUGGCUAUGAAUGUCGUUUUGGCGUUCUAUGUGUACUUUUUCAUUCCGGAGACGAGGAGGAUUCCUCUGGAGGAGAUUGACGUGCUGUUUGGUGACAAGGAUCACACGGUCAAGGGAGCGCAGUUGCUUGGCUUUACGGAUGAUAAGGCGGUAACUGAGAUUACGGACCGCAAGAAUAGUGCGGGAACUGCAAGGCAGCGCCAGGGAGAAGAAAUCUCGAGUGCGUAG